AUGACUUACUACAUCUUCGCUUUACUUGUUCUGAUUAUUAUUUCAAAAGGUCUCUAUAACAGAUAUCUGCAUCCAUUAAGAAAUUUUCCAGGUCCUUUCUGGGGAGGUGUUAGCGAUUUUUAUCUUGUUUAUAUGAUUGCAUCUGUCCCUACUUAUGGCCUCGAUCUCCACGCACAAUACGGUAGGCAAAGUGUCUCUGGGAAUUCGAAUUCUACUAACCGGACUUUUUUGCAGGUCCUGUGGUCCGACUUUCACCAAAUUUACUAUCCUUUUGCGAUCCUAAACUUCUACCGGUCGUCUACCACAGAUAUGCGGAUAAACCCCAGUUCUAUGGUUCGUGGAUGUUUGGACAUACAGAGGCUAUGUUUCAGUCCCUCAAGCAUCAAGAUCACUAUGCGAAAAAGAAGCUCGUUGCUCCAUCUUGCUCCAUGACUGCCAUGAAGCAAUUCCACGAAAGAAAAAUCAGUGAACGCGUCGUUGAACUCUGCGAGUGCAUGGGGGAAAGAGCAGCAAAUAACGGAUCAAUUGACUUCUCAGAACAUCUCAGGUACUUACAGAUCUCAACCCAUACAACCGAUAGAAGUGCGUUAGCUAACUCAAUGAAGAUGGUUUCUUAGCGAUACCUGGAGUCAUCUUGUGUAUGGUCAACCAUUAGGCUGGGUCAAGAAAGGUGCGGAUAUCAAAGGCCUCAUCGAUUCUCUUACCGGUGUAUACGGAUUAUCUGCUUCUGCAGCUGUCAUGCCAUGGUUAAUGCCGCUGUUCCGCCAUCCAUUCCUGAGAAAGCAUGUUUGGUGCUAUACCAACACUUUCAAGAAUAUGGCCAAUCUAUAUUCUGUAAGUCCAUGAUUCUGAACGCAACUGUAGAAAGCAUGACUGACUUUUGCUUAGCAUUUCGAUGAGAUGAUUGACAACCGAAACGCUCUUGUAAAAAAAGACGGAGAGAGAUUAUUCUUCGAUGGGUACGCCUUCUCUGGCCACUUCCUGAUUUAAAGGACAAACACUAACACUUUCUCCCCAGACUUGAACCUAGCCUCAAUCCCAAUGAAUACCAAUAUACCCGCAACGACCUCAAAGCCGAAAUCAUAACCUUCACAGCCGCGACCCUCGACGGCGCCGCUGCCGCAAUCUCCCCCUUCAUCGACAACAUGCUCCAACACCCCGAACACUUCGCCCGUGUAGUCGCCGAAAUCGAGACCGCAGACCGUGCAGGAAAACUCUCCAGUCCCUGCGUAACAUACGAGGAGACACUCGAACUUCCCUUCUUCAUGGCCUGUAUCAAGGAGACUCUUCGCAGGGACUCCCCUGCCCAGACUAUUCUCCCAAGAAUUGUGUCUUCGCCUGGUUACGACCUACCGAACGGGAUGUACAUCCCACCCGGCGCGCAUAUGGGCGCGAGUCCUUUUAUUAUCCACCGCUCUGCCGAAAUAUUCGGCGCUAACCCCGAUUGUUUCGUUCCUUCGCGAUGGAUCAUUGGGGAGGGCAGGGAUGUUACGGAAGCGAGUAUUAAGCGUAUGGAGAAAUAUGGUAUGUGGUGGGGAUACGGGGAUCGUGAGUGUGCGGGGAAAUACUAUGCAGUUAUGGAGUUUCAAAAGCUUGUUGUUGAGAUGUUGAGGAGAUUUGAUAUCAAGUCUGCGGUGGCAGAGGGUGAGGAUAGAUUUUUGCACAAGAGGUGGGCUGUGGGUAUGUUUUGGGGACAGAUGCUUUCGCUUAAGCAGAAGGAGUUUGGGGAGAAACUGGUUCAUUGA